CAACGUAACACAAUUUGCUCGUGGUUUUCGCCGGUUAAGAUGUCCUUCUGAUUUUGUCCGAAUUAUCUUUAAUUGAUAACAUUAGUGUCCGUUAAGAUGACUUCAAAAUUCUACAACUAUUUAAAAUUAGCACAAACUGCAACACCAUAUGCUAAGCGGAUCGAACAACUAAGCUCAAGAAUAUUUGGUGAAGUGGCUAGACCAACAUCUGCAAAAUCGUUGAAGGUUGUUGAUAUGUUUAGUUCUCAACCCACUGAACAACGACCAGACAUAAAGAACUACUACCCCCGCCAUGUUGAGAUCCACGUUUUGAUGAGAAAUCUACGGAAUUAUGGUUUAUUCAGGGAUGAGCAUCAGGACUUCAAAGAAGAAAUCACACGUCUUCGUGAAUUGCGAGGUAAAGGAAAACCCAAAAAAGGUGAAGGCAAACGAUCCAAGAAGUGAUCGACGUGUAAAGGGAACAGGAACCAAUUGAACACUGAUUUGAAGUUUUGGUACGCUUUGCUUUAUCACGAGAUUGCUUCAUGCGAAGAACGGAACUAACUAAAAAUCUCGGAAGUUUCCGUUCUUCAACAACUUUGUGUGCCAUAUCUCAGAGAUAAGCUCAAUGCCGUUUCCGCAUGAAACUGUUAGCUAUUGGAUAACCCAAAAUCAUAAACUCAUAAUUAACUAAAAUAAACAGGAGUCGAAUAAUA